AUGGAUUUUAGCACUUCAUCAGUGUUUGAUCAACAGAAAGGCGAUUCAGCAGAAGAAAUAAACCUGACCCUGGUGUAUCAAGCAGCUGCUAAUGGAGACAUUAAUACCUUGACUGCUGUUAUCCGUGAAGAUCCAUCAAUAUUAGAAUGUUGUGACAGUGAGGGCUGUACCCCCUUGAUGCACGCCAUCUCAGGACGCCAACUUGACACCGUAAAAUUGCUGCUGAAAAUGGGAGCCAAUAUCAACACUCAGGACGCCUGUGGGCGCACCAGUUUAUCUCUGGCAACCUAUCUGGGAUGGCUUGAAGGCUGUGUCAGUCUGCUAAGAAAUGGUGCCAAACAGAAUAUCCCAGAUAAAAAUGGGAGAUUACCACUACAUGCAGCCACGGCUGAUCCCAAUGUCAGGCUUUUAACUGUGCUGCUGCAGCAGUCUGAUCUGAGUGAAAUUAACCACCAGGACAAUGAGGGAAUGGCCUCUCUUCAUUGGGCUGCAUUCCACAAUCGACCUCAGCAUGUCCAGACACUGCUGCAUAAAGGAGCUGAUCCAACCUUGGUAGACAAAGAUUUUAAAACGGCUCUUCACUGGGCAGUUCAGAGUGGGAACCGGAUACUGUGUUCUAUCAUCCUGAGCCACCAUCAGGGCCCAUCCAUAAUAAACUAUGAUGAUGAGAAUGGGAAGACUUGCAUUCACAUUGCUGCUGCUGCAGGAUACAGUGACAUUAUCAGUGAGCUGGCUGAAGUCCCAGAAUGCAACCUGCAGGCCCUUGACGUGGAUGACAGGACACCUCUGCACUGGGCUGCAGCAGCAGGAAAAGCUGACUGUGUAAAGGCCUUGCUAGAGCUGGGGGUAGAUAGCAGCCCAAGGGACAUCCAUGAGAACAUCCCACUGACCUAUGCUAUGUACUGUGGUCACACUGCAUGUGUCCAGCUACUCUCACAAGAGAAAAGACCUGCACUGAUACAACAAGUUUCCUCCCAGAGCAACAAAUUCCUAAAGAAGGAAGGUAGAUUUAGUGUGCUUAACCAAAUCUUCUGCAAAAAGAAAAGGGAAGAGGAUAAGAAGGGAAACCCAAAGGACAAGAAUAGAGAAAAAUCUCGGAGGGAAGAGACUUCAGAAGUAGAUGAGAUCAUCACCACAUUUGACUGCAUUAUGGAUACCAGCUGCAAAGGCUCUUCUGAGGGAAAUGUCACAGCUAUUGACUUUAAAAGAAGAAGUACAGAUACCCAGAAGUAUCUUAUUUCUGAAAAUAAUAUGCCGGACUGCAAUGGCCUUCCGCCAAUAAGAACACAAAGUCUCCCACCAAUUACCGUUGGUCAUUCAUUUUUAACAGCUUCUCACACAGCAAGCUCUAGCCUGAGUUUGGGGACUGACACUCAACAUUUUGCACACUGGUCUCAAAAAAGCAGAAGUGAACAUGACUUGUCAGAUCAAAGGAGUAACUGUCAAACUCUGGGCAAUCCUUGGAAAGUUAACACUAACCAAAUACUCACCUGUAAAGUCUGGACAACAAUGCCUUCUGAUAAUAAACGGAUAGAUGGAUUGUUCUCAGACAGAUCCCGUCACGUACUAUUGUGUCCCCCCCAUCUUCCACAACUGCCUAAUUAUCCGUCAGGGAAAACAUUUCAACAGGCUGCUCUAGAACAACACAAAGUAAAAGAUCCAACACCCAUGAGGAACAACUUGGCUCCCAUACUGAAUCACUGUGUUGAGAAAGGCCAGCUACCACCCAGCGAAGCUUCUCAGGGUGUCAAGGAAUCAAAGCCGCCAUCUUUAAACUCCUUAAGGACUGGCACCUCUGUUCUUCCACCAGCUCUUACAACCAAAGCCUCCAAAGUGGGCCUUUCUCAGAGUCACUUGCUGUACUCUUUCUUACCCAUGCCAUCAGCAGAGCCUCUCCGGACAAACAGAGUCCUGCCUGCUAUUCCAAGCCAGAAAGGAUGCAGCUUCCCAGGAGAAGUACUUAACCAGUCUCACUGCAAAUCAAACACUGACAAUUAG